AUGGCCUCCGGGCCGGUGGGCUUGAAGCGAAAGCUCUCACAGACCUCGACUCAGCAGCAGUCUUCGUCCAGAAUCUUGAUUGACCUUGCAGAUGACGAUGACGAUGACGAUGUGAUACCGAUCCCUCCGCCUGCCAAACGACAGAAAUCAGGUACUCCCGUCACCAAUGAUGGAUCAGAAGGUCAAUUGGACCGCUUACGUGGCCACAACUACGAAAACGCUAGCGGAGAUGCACAGAAGACACGUGCUGAGCCCGGGCCGCCUUCCACGCCUGUCACAUCACGUGUCCAACCGGAUGGAUCGACUUCCAUCGUUAAUGGUACCCGGUCCAAACAAAAGAGGUCUCCUUGGGGCAAACUGUCCAAAUAUUCGUAUCCAAAUGGACAGAUGCCUGCGCUGUCGGUGGAAACUGCACCAAUGGCGGCCGGAUCCAGCAUGUCCGAACCAAAAACACAGGUAUCACAGGCUGUCAGUCCGCUGCUCGACAAGGUCAAUCCUGCCCGACACGUUCAUCGGCCCGAAUCUCCGUCUGCUGCUGCGCAUAAAAGCCGGGCCAACCGGUCACAAAGCCAGGAGAAGGAUAUCAACGGACAUGCUCAGCGGUCUAAAUCUCCUUCUCCUGCUCAUAACAAACGGGCCAAGCCAUCUGGGCCCUUGGGAGAGAGUAUCGGCAGACAUACGGAACGGUCCAGGUCGCCUUCUGCUGCUCAUCAAAAAUGGGUAAAUUCGUCUCAAGCCGAUUUAAAUGGACGCGCUGAGCGGUCGAAGUCUCCUUUUCCCGCGCAGAAGAAACGGACCAAGUCUUCUCAACGCCUAGUGGAGGAUAUCCACCGCUUCAGGUUAUCAACGACUUCAGAAUCCCCGGCUUCCAUCACUAAACUCUCACCAUCCACCCCUCCCUUGAAAAACACGGAUGCAAAAAUCCCCCUUACCGGAUCGAAGGACGACGAAAGGCCUCAUUCUCAGAGAGUUGUUCCAGUGGACAUCCCUAUUCGUCCAUCUCCAGAUAUUCAGGUCCUUGGAACGCGAUGGUCUUAUACUUCGCCAAACCCUCAGUGCGAGACCCCUCUGAAUUCUCUGCAUUCAGUCUCACCGACGACAUCCGAGCCUUCACGCUCGAACAUCGACGUUGUGGCUCCAUCCUCUCCAAAUCUCCUGGCUCAAUUUCAACAAAAACUUCCCAAAAAGACAGACAAGAAGGCGGUACUCGAGAAGCUGAAGCAGAGUACAGCCUUUGCGAAAGAACACCCACAAGAAGUUCAGCGCCACUUUGGCCAAACAGGUUUCUCCUCUGAAUACGGCACAAAAGAGGACCAUCAGCGGGAACAAAAAGCUACGUCAAAGAAGAUGAAGAAGAAGGCGGCAAGGGGGUUAAUCGACUUGAAUCCUGGUGACUCGUUGUCCGAUUUUAUGGACCAUCUCAGCUUGGGAAGAGAAGUCAUCCAUCCCGCUCAAUCAGGCAGGGAUAUUCUUACGAACCGCUUCAACGAGAAAUUCGAGCCACCCAUUACCUUUGCCAACGACAUCAACGAGCGACGAUUACAUGGUAAAUUCCAGUUCACUGAUCGAUACAUCAUCCGUGAGGGUGUCAGGGUGGCAUCACCCACUACAAAUCAUGGCUGUGAUUGUACCGACUGCCACUUGUCCUCGUGUCGCUGUCUGGCAAAAUCCGUACCAGACGAAGUCGGCAAAGGCACCCACAAGGAACAGAGGCGAACAUACACCCGCCGACCAGACGGCCUCGUGGUCAUCUCGGAUGACUACCUUGCCCAGGCCCUCAAUCCUGUCGGCGAGCGUUUCGAAAUCACUGAAUGCAAUGAAUUUUGUGCCUGUGGCCCUGACUGCUGGAACCGUGUUGUCGGCAAAGGGCGCACUGUGCCCCUCGAGAUCUUCCAGACAGCAAAAUGUGGCUUUGGCGUGCGUUCAUCCCAAGAUAUCGUCAAGGGCCAAUUCAUCGAAUCUUACCUUGGGGAAGUCAUCACUGAAGACGAAUUACUGCGGCGGGAAGAUAUCGUGGAAGAGGACGACCCAAGUUACAUCUACUCGCUCGACUGGUUCGAGAAUGCCGAUCAAUACCACGUUGACGGCAAGUACUUCGGCACCCCAAUGCGCUUCGUCAACCACAGCUGCAACCCGAAUACCAAGUCAUUCACCGUCCAAAUCCACAAAGGCGACAAGAAAGUCUACUAUCUCGCCUUUUUUGCCAUCAAGGACAUCAAGGCCCGCGUCGAGAUUCGUAUCGACUACUGGGGUGCAGCCGCCGCCAAUUUCGACGAAGGUGACCACGAUCAAUCCGCGGACGGCGAGUUGGCAGAGGGCUUGGUGCGUUGUCGAUGUGGGGAGAAGAAUUGUCGAAAGACACUGUGGCCAUCGAGUGUGAAGGCUAGGCGCAGACGGAGGAGGAAGGUUGGUUGA